UAAGGGCCGGGCGGGGCCAGGGCCAGAGUGCGAGGGACGCCGGGGCGCGGGCUGGAGCGGAGGGGCCCGGGAGAUCCGAAUCGGGACCCGGAUCAGGACCCGGCGAGGGAACCAUGGUGUCGUCCAGGCCCGUGCGGCUGCUGCUGCUGCUCGUGCUGCUGGCGGGCUCGGCGCGGGCCAACCUCUACUUCCGCCGGGGCCAGAGCUGCUACCGGCCCCUGCGGGGGGACCAGCUGUCCAAGUUGGGGCGCAGGACAUACCCCCGGCCUCACGAGUACCUGUCCCCAUUGGAUCUGCCCAAGAGCUGGGACUGGCGCAACGUGGAUGGCGUCAACUAUGUCAGUGUCACCAGGAACCAACACAUCCCCCAGUACUGCGGCUCCUGCUGGGCCCACGGCAGCACCAGCGCCAUGGCGGAUCGGAUCAACAUCAAAAGGAAGGGGGCAUGGCCCUCCGCCCUGCUGUCUGUGCAGCAAGUCAUCGACUGCGGCCAUGCAGGCUCCUGUGAGGGAGGCAAUGAUCUGCAGGUGUGGGAGUACGCCCACGAGCACGGCAUCCCCGACGAGACCUGCAACAAUUACCAGGCCAAGGACCAGGAGUGUGACAAGUUUAACCAAUGUGGAACAUGCACUGAAUUCAAAGAGUGCCAUGCCAUCCAUAACUACACCGUCUGGAAAGUGGGCGACUACGGCUCCCUCUCCGGGAGGGAGAAGAUGAUGGCAGAAAUCUACACAAACGGCCCCAUCAGCUGCGGUAUAAUGGCAACAGAAAAGAUGGCUAACUACACUGGAGGCAUCUACGCUGAAUACCAUGACAAGGCCUUCAUAAACCACAUCGUUUCCGUGGUCGGGUGGGGUGUCAGUAAUGGGACCGAGUACUGGAUUGUCCGGAAUUCAUGGGGUGAACCAUGGGGUGAGCGAGGCUGGAUGAGGAUAGUGACCAGCACCUAUAAAGACGGCAAGGGUAACUGUUACAACCUUGAUAUCGAGGAGUCCUGUACAUUUGGGGACCCCAUCGUUUAAGGCGGAUGUCUCCGGAAGAGCAGUUUUUUAAGAAAUGAUAUCAUGAGUCCUAACCAGAGGGCAUCCUAUCGUUAUGGGCACUGGGUUGGUACUGCCAUGGUUUGAAGGAACAGGGGGUUGAGAUUCUAAUCAAAUUGCUAUCUGAUGGCUGGUAACGGCACUCAGCACCGAGAAGGGGCACUUGUCAAAAUGCAGACCAAUCAGGUACUGGCUGAAAGAAUAUUCCUGAGAGGAGAGUCUACAGUGUGAUGCCUUAAACACCUGCACAGGACUGCUCCCCUGCCAUGAUGAUGGCCUCCAUUUUCUUCAAGAUGGUUCGGUAUUUUCUAUUUAGCAAGUGUGAUUUAUAAUGUGGCAUUUAAGAGGUAAAACAAUUUAGACUUAUCACCAGUUCUUAUGUCACCUUGGAAUCAAUAGUGGGGACAGAAGGGGGAGAUGGCAAUUUCAGAUUGCCCAAGUGAUGAAUAAAAUAUGACUGCACACAA